AUUUCCUUGUUUGCUUGUUUUACGUCAGAGUCUCUCCUUGACUCAAAUUCCAGCUAAUUCCCUCCUUUUAUUUGCUGUGUCCUUUGAUAGCCUUGAUUACAGCACUGUCUAUGUCACCCUUAUCAUCACUACUGAAUUCUUGAGGAACACACCAUAAACACCUCAUCAGUUGUCAAAGUGGAUGUACCGUGUGGCUUUUAUAGUUUGGAACUUUAAUCCGGAUCCCCCGACGAUUAAUAGCGACGUUUCCUGGUUCACGAUGCUUAAUUAAGAUGCAGCAGGCAAACUUUAACGAGGGAAGAACUAAGUGAAGAAGCAACCGCUCUAUGAAUCAUUACUUCAAUAAUAAGUGGCAUGAGUUGUCUAUAAGAGAUACAGCGAAUUUCUCAGUGUGAUCUUCUAUCUAUAGCUGUGGAUGUCGCCCCCCUCCCCCUACAUGAACAGAGGCAACACAACGGAACAGCGCUUGCUAAUUAGUUCAUUGGGGGAAAGGUGUCAUUCUAGCAUUCAGUUUGUAGGAUGAUACGGAAGCUAGCUGUAGCAUGGAAUAGUUCUUAUCUCGGUAUGUGAUAUCAUAUGAGGUUUCUGACCUCCAUACUUCUAACACUCUGGAAUCUCAUCGGACUGUUUGAUUUUUAUUAGAUAAACAAAUGCAACGAGAGGAGAAUCUUCUUGUCAUUUUCAGAGAUUUUCUUUUUAACUUGGAUAAUUUGUGAUACCUUUUGGUGACAUCCUGAUUGGAUGAAUGAGCCUUGUGUUAUUUAUGCCAUGCGGCUCUUCUUCAGGCUUGUGACUGCACAGUGAUGCGCAUGCGUUGAGGUAAAAAAUAUUAUCCAUUUUCAUACGCUCUACUCCAUUACCAUGGCAACCUGGAGAAUAGCCAACUGAACUUGUACAGGAAUAGCACAUCAAUACAUUGGAAAUCUUACUUCAAAAUCAUAUACCUGUAAUUUUAUCAACCAGAGGUCAAAUAUAAUAGGCCAUAAACAUGUAUGGACAUUGUGCAACUUCAAGGAAAUGUCUAUGUUCUUGGAUUGCCAGUUUCUAGAUUUCUCUGACAACUUAAAGUGUUUGGCCUGUAGUACCAUUAACUGACUGUGGGCGUUAAACUUUGAACAUUUUUUUUCUUUUGAAUGAUGUCAUGUGACUCAAUAAGCAGGUGUAUAUUGAAUGAUGUCACAAUAGCAAGACAUAAAAUGUGAGGUGGAGAGUUUCUGGGGUAAAUUUCACAAAAGCCUCAUUAUAUUUAUGGACAUCACAUGCUUCUUUUUCAUUUGUCACUAACUAGUCAGCUCAGCGCAGUGCUGAAGAGAUCAUCUAGUGUUCACUGGCAUUGAAUGCGUGCAUAUAGGUGCAUAUGUUUGCCAGACAGUAUAUUUAGAUAUUGCACAUUGGCUUAGGGGCCUAAGUGGCUUUUUAAAUGCUAUAUUCAGCUCCCCUGGCACGGCAAAUUACUCCCUUAAAAUAAUUUUGGAAGAAUCACACACAGUUCAUUGUAUCAAUCAACUUUUUAGCAGUCUUGAGGCUCCAGCAUCUACAAAUGGUAUAUGUUUCUUGUUUUUUUUUUAUAAAACAGCACUUGAUUUCAUGAAUGUAAAACCUUUGGAUUGAAUAAUCAUGAUGAAUCUCACAAAAUCAAGCAAUUAUUCAUCAAAUAUCAAGGUACAUGUAGAUACUGUACAUGGGCUAGCAGCAUAGAUUGGGUUUCAUGCUUGUUUGGACAAGGCUGCCUCAUAUUUCAUGCACUUUCAAUGUCAGUAGGAGAUCAGAUCUGAGCCAAGGUUUUCGGAAAUAGGAUUGUAAAGGAUAUUCCCAAAGCUUAAUGAAAGUCAUCACUCCGUCGGCAUCAGAAUCGCACAGGAGAGUUUGUAAUGUGAUGUUAGCUUCAUGUACAUGAUUGUUCAAGUCUAAGCACUUAUCAUCAGAGAACUUCUUCUGAACUACCAAUGUUUGAAUCUGGACUAAACCUAAACCAGAUGUGGAUUUGGCCAUAUAAAGUCUAGUCGUCUUCUUGAGUACUCGUGGGACUGAGGAUCAAAUUUCAAUCUUAACUUUUAACGUGUAUCAUAUCUGGAGUAGAUCUGAAUUAACUUAGAUUUCCAUGUGGACAAUAAAAUGAAUUGAAUUAAAUGCGGAUCGGACACGGACUAAUUCAGGACGUAGGAUCAAACUUGAAUCAUCACUAUUAAUGUGGAUUAUAUCUGGACUACAUAAAAAUCUGGACUUAAUUUGGGCCAGAUCUGGAGUAGAUCUGAACUAAUUUGGAUUAAACGUGGAUCGGACCUGGACUAAUUUCUGGACUAGAUGUUGGAGACUCUGAUUCAGAAAUGGCUCACCUGUGGGAGCGAGGAGAAAAGGAAUACUAUGAUGGGCCUGUGGUAUGAGAACCACAGUGAGAAAGAUCCUGCUAUAGACAGUAGAUGGACAUUACCUCGAAUGAAGAGCUAUGACAGGGCAGUCUUUGAUAUGCUACGAGUCCAACCAGAGGAGUUUGCAACUCAAAUCACCUUAUUGGAUUUACCAGCAUUCAAAGCAAUCACAUCAGAGGAGCUUAGUAGUUGUGCAUGGUCAGGAAAGUCCAAGAAUAAUAUUUGUCCAAACAUUGUUGCCUUCACAAAAAGAUUUAAUCAGGUGAGUUUCUGGGUUGUCCAUGAAGUCCUCAUCACGCAAAUGGCUAAGGCGAGGGCAGAGGUCAUAGGUCAUUUCAUCAAAGUAGCUAAGAAACUGUUUGAUAUCAACAAUCUUCAUGCUACCAUGGCGAUCAUCUCGGCAUUACAUAGUGCAUCAAUCUUUAGGUUAACCAAAACAUGGAAUCUUGUUCAUAAAAAGGAGAAAUCUACGUGUGAAAAGCUCUCUGAACUGAUGUCAGAGGAUGACAACAGACAAAAGUUAAGAGAAUAUAUGGACACAGUCAGAUUACCCUGUAUACCAUACCUUGGAAUGUAUCUACAAGAUCUGAUCUACAUUGAUGUUGCACAUCCAAGUACAGGGGGUAUUGAAAGUAACAGUAGAUCAACUAAAAUGAACAACAUCUUGAGAAUAAUAUCUGAGUUCCAACAGUCACAGUAUGAUUAUGAAAACUUGCCAUAUGUCCAGAAGUACCUUCUUUCAGUACGGUAUAUUGAAGAGUUACAGAAGUUUGUGGAGGAGGACAACUACAAACUUUCAUUACAACUGGAACCAACAGUGCAAUCAAAAUCAAAGGAUGACCUUGACCAAACAGUCAUUGAAGUCCAGACGGUAUCCCUUUUUUGUACUCCUCCUGUUCUCAAUAUAUCUAAUUCAUCAGACAGUGGAGGAGGAGGAGGUGCAAAGACAAGUUCAAUAGGCAAAUCAAAUCCAUCCACACCUGUCAUCUCAUCAAAGUUUGUUCCCGGCCAUCGGAAAACAAAAAGCUUAGGUGCAAAUGUUCCAAACCACUUAGCACCUGCAGAACCUCUAAGCUUUCCUAACACAAAUUUUGGUAAUGGACCAAGACAUCUCUUAGAUGAUAGUCUAUUAGAAGAGACAACGUCAUCAAUCAGACCCUCAAUAUCAAGCUCCAUAGAAGGAAGCAGUGAAGGGUCAGAGUUCAGUGAUGACCAAGAUGUCUGGUUAAACAAUGGAAGUGUAACAGAAAGCUGUGAGGAUCUAGUGUCCAGUAUCAGUGAUAUCCCACAGAACUUAUUUACAUUAAAUGCUUGCCUCAAGAGGAAACCGAUAAGGAAAGCGGGACGUAAGCUGUCGGUUACAUCAUGGACGAGAUUCUGGGUAGGGCUGUGGGGAACCAACCUAGUCCACUAUGCAGCCAAGUCCUUCAACUCAAUAGAGAGAGCACAUUUCAAAUCCAAGCCUUGUAAAGUGUUUUCCAUCUCUGACUGGAUGGUUUCGAUGCCUGACACCAAACACAAUAAUGUUAUCUUAUUAACAGAUCCAAAUACAGGUAACAGCUACAAAUACAAAGCACAGAGUUAUUCAGUAGCUUGUGCAUGGGUCAGGAAUCUAGAUGAAGCAACAAAGAAGAAAAGAGGGCCAAAGACUCCUGCCAAUUUAAUGAGCUUUGAGUGACACGUGUUAACAUGACUAACCUACGACGUCAAAAGCAACGAUCGUCAUGACAACCUAUGGUGCUUCCAAUUGUCUGCCAUGGUACUAUACGUUAGUAGUGUGGAGCAGCUCUUUAUAUGUGUGUGUGAGUUCCUAGUCUAUAAAGUGUGAAGUUCCUGGUCCUUUGUUGUAGACCAGGACUACUGUACUUCAACCUCAUUUCUAGUGUGUUGUAUAAUAACUCCAGGACAUGAUGCUCUAGUCUAGGUCCUGGUCCAUGUCAGUCUAUUGACGUGUUGCUCAGUUAUGACUAUAUUGUGGUAGUCCAGGUAUUUAUGGGUCUGCAUGGACGUUACAAAAAAAAUUUACUUUAUUUCCUAAUCAGGUACAAAUACUUUGAUUAAAUGCAAAUUUGUACAUGUAGUUGAUUUACGUUCAAUUGCAACUCAAAUUUCUUGCAAUGCACCAUAACUAUUCAUUUUUCAAUUAAACAUAAGUUUUUUUGCAAUGCCCCACAAGUCCAUUUUAUGUUUCAAAUUCAGUCGGCUUUAGUAUAAGUCCAGUUAUUACUUUGAAUAUACAUUUCAUAUAUUUAAGUUAUAUCAUUAAUACAGAAUCACAUGUUUGACCUUUUGAUAUAAGCUAUAAAUAUGUAGCUUUCAUGAUACAUUAAAUUAUAUAUCAUAUUCUGUGUAUAUUCACCCUCUGUAACUUUGAUAUUCAUUUAUGGGAGAUUUUCAUAGGUUUAUAUGGCAUUUUUCAAGCAUCCCAAGAUAUUGUUUUCCUGUGGAAAUUGGAAAGUCAAGGACAUGUUCUUUAAAACCAUACUAUAAUCCUCAUUUCUUCAACAAUAAUUAAGGAUAUCUGUGUAUUUUGUGAAAGAGGGUCCCAGUGUAUUAUUGUGAAGGAUGAAUCCAAUGCCUACAAGAAAUUGUUAGUCUUCAAGUUGAGCCUUGUGAUUAACAAAAAAACACCUGUCAGUUAGGUUUAUGUUUAGUUCAGGGCAUCAUAAGACAUAGCUUUAAGCCCAAUGCCAUUAGUCUUCAAAAUCAGCCAAGCAAUUAAUUGCUACAUGUAAGCUUCAUGUUUCAGGGCCCAGAUGAUUUGCCUUCAUAA